AUGGCGCGCAUACCGACCCGCGAGCUGGCCCGCUACCUCUUCCACGGCCAACUCUCCCGCCAAGGAUGCUUGGCCUCGACCCGACGACCAUACACCCGCCUACCGGCCCGUUCCGCUCUAGCCCUGUCAUCGGCUCCUCGGCUUGGAGAAUCGAGGGCAACAUACGCUACAGCUCAGACCGCGACGGCAGCAUCGCAAGAAGCGCCGCCGGUGCCGUUGAGAAAGAAGCUCAAGGAAGAGAAGAAGCAGCUCAAAAAGGAGACAAGAGGCCAAAAGCCAAAGGGAAGCAACCAGACCGUCGAUGGCUGGGAGUUGACCGUCGGUAUUGAGAUCCAUGCCCAGCUCAACACGGCACGGAAGCUCUUCUCGCCGGCUGCGACGUCUUUCAGUGACGACCCAAAUUCCCACGUAGCGCUGUUCGAUGUCGCCAUGCCGGGCUCUCAGCCGAGAUUCCAAAAGGAGACCCUCAUACCGGCGUUGCGCGCGGCGUGUGCUCUCAAUUGCGACAUUCAACCUGUCAGCCGGUUCGACAGGAAACAUUACUUUUGGUGGGACCAGCCAUCAGGGUAUCAGAUCACGCAGUACUAUGAGCCCUUUGCUCGUAACGGCGAGAUCGAGCUCACUGCUAGGGACGGCAUCGCCGCGGAGGACGGUGAGAGUGUCACAAUCGGCAUUCAGCAGAUCCAGAUGGAGCAGGACACCGCCAAGACGCUGGCGCAGCCCAACGACGUGUCCUGGCUUGACUUCAAUCGUGUAGGCAUGCCUCUGAUUGAGAUUAUCACGAAGCCGGAGCUCCACCACCCGCGCACCGCCGCCGUGUUCGUCCGCAAGAUCCAGAUGCUGCUAAAUGCCGUAGAUGCCUGCGUGUCCGGGAUGGAGACGGGUGGUCUGCGUGCUGAUGUGAACGUCUCGGUGCGGAGGACAGGUGAUCCGAAUACCCCGCUCGGUACGCGGACGGAGAUCAAGAACCUGAGCACGAUCAAGGCCGUUGAAGACGCCAUCAUCGCCGAGCGCGACCGGCAGAUCAAGGCGCUCGAUGCGGGCGAGACGAUUGCGAGCGAGACGAGAGGUUGGACACUGGGCUCCAAGCAUACUCGCCGUCUGCGAGGCAAAGAAGGCGAGGUGGACUACCGCUACAUGCCGGACCCCGAUCUGGGGCCUCUGGUGAUUGGCCAAGAUCUCGUGAAUCACAUCAGGGCCUCCGUCAAGGAGCUACCUGACAUUGAGCUGACGGAGCUGAUUGAGACCUAUGGCUUGACUGCCAAGGACGCCGUCUCCCUCAUGUCUCUCGACGAUGGCGGCAGGCUCGAGUUCUUCUACAAGGUCGUUGACGAGCUCCGAGAUCAACUGGAGAGCGCUGGACUAAAGACCAACCUGCACGACUACGCGUCCCUCGCCGGCAACUGGAUCCUCCAUGAGCUGGGUCGAUUGACGACGGACAAGGCCGACCCGGAAGCUGCUCAGCGAACGCUGGCGAUUUCUCCAGACGGCUCCUGCGAAGCGGUGCCGCAUCGCGCACUGGCCGGGAUCCUCUUCCACCUCCAGAAGCGGGAUAUCACAGGCAAGGUCGCCAAGGAGCUCCUGGUGGCUCAGUAUCUCGGUAACCUAGACGAAUUCGACUCCGUCACGGACGCCAUCGAGACACACGCAUUGUGGUUCAAGGAGAUGACGGAACCAGAGUAUCGGCAGCUGGCAGAGGAGGUCAUUGAAGGGGAGGAUAAGGUCGUAGGGGAGUUCAUGGACAAGAAGAAGAAGUACCCCCAGGGCAAGCUUAUGUACCUCGUCGGCAAGAUGAUGCGCAUUGGCGAGACGGAGCGGAUUGAUCCCUCUGGCGCCGAAAAGGUCAUGCGUCAGCUCAUCAAGGAGCGGACGGACGCGCGUCAGGACUGA